AUGCGUCGCCCCGCUGCGGGCAACAGUCUCCCCGCAGCUCGCUAUCGUCGCCUCGCUGCUAGCUACCGUCGCCUCGCUGCUAGCUACCGUCGCCUCGCUGCUAGCUACCGUCGCCUCGCUGCUAGCUACCGUCGCCUCGCUGCUAGCUACCGUCGCCUCGCUGCUAGCUACCGUCGCCUCGCUGCUAGCUACCGUCGCCUCGCUGCUAGCUACCGUCGCCUCGCUGCUAGCUACCGUCGCCUCGCUGCUAGCUACCGUCGCCUCGCUGCUAGCUACCGUCGCCUCGCUGCUAGCUACCGUCGCCUCGCUGCUAGCUACCGUCGCCUCGCUGCUAGCUACCGUCGCCUCGCUGCUCGCCAUUGUCGCAACCAUUCCUGCCUGUCGCUACCUUCGCGCCUUUGCUACCGCAGAUACGUGAGGAAUGGAGGGACGGGAGAGGGAAAACAGAAGGACGGCAGCGGAGGAAAACGAGAGCAAUGCGCUUCGGUUCCCCUGUUCCCCCCCUGCUUCCUCCCAUUUCCCCCCCUGCUUCCCCUCAUCUUCCCCCCUGCUUCCCCUCAUUUCCCCCCCUGCUUCCCCUCAUUUCCCCCCUUGCUGCCCCUCAUGUCCCCCCCUGCUUCCCCUCGUUUUCCCCCCUGCUUCCCCUCGUUUUCCCCGCUGCUUCCCCUCAUUUUCCCCCCUGCUUCCCCUCAUUUCCCCCCUGCUGCUCCUCAUUUCCCCCCCUGCUUCCCCUCAUUUCCCCCCCUGCUUCCCCUCAUUUCCCCCCCUGCUGCCCCUCAUUUCCCCCCCUGCUUCCCCUCGUUUCCCCCCCUGCUUCCCCUCAUUUCCCCCCCUGCUGCCCCUCAUUUCCCCCCCUGCUUCCCCUCGUUUUCCCCCCUGCUUCCCCUCGUUUUCCCCGCUGCUUCCCCUCAUUUCCCCCCCUGCUUCCCCUCAUUUCCCCCCCUGCUGCCCCUCAUUUCCCCCCCUGCUUCCCCUCAUUUCCCCCCCUGCUGCCCCUCAUUCCCCCCUCUCUUGCCUCCGCUGCUUGCCUUCACAGUUUCCAUGUGGCUUGUCCUCAGUUUUUCCUUUGCCUACCCACCUGAUCCCCCGUGUUUUCCCUCUCAGUGUCCGUGUUGCUUGUCUCCCCCUGUCCUCCGCUCUCCCCUUGUUUUCCUCUCUACCCCCCGCCCUCGCUUCCCCCCCCUGUCUUCCCCUCUCCCCCCUGCCCUCCCUUCUCCCCUCUGUCCCCCUCUCGCCCCACCUGUCCAUAUUCCACCCCGUCCUGUCCUUCUCUCUCCAACGGGUCCUCUCUCCCUCCUAACCCACUUCUCCCCCCCACCCCUGUCCUCCUCUCUACCCCCUGCCCUCCUUUCUCCAACCACACCUCUCUCCCUCCUGGCCCUCUUCUUCUACCGUCCUCCUCUCUCCCCCUGUCCUCCUCUCUCCCCCUGUCCUCCUCUCUCUCGCUUGUCCUCCUGUCCGACAGGUUUAGGUCCUCUCUCCUCCUUGUCCUGUUAUCUCCCCCCUGCUCGUGCGAGGGGGGAGAUAACAAGGAGGAGAGAUGACCCCCACACACCUGCGAGGUCAAUUCCCUCUGUACCCUCCCCUCCCUCUGUUUUGUUCCCUAGCCAGGACUUUACCACCUGCCCUCUUCCCGCAGGUCUAAUCUCCUCCCCUCCCCACAUCAUGUUCCCGCUCUGCCCUCCUAUUGGGGAAAAGGUAGAGUGGCAGGUCAGGGGGAACGGAGGUGGGUAUGUGGGAAGGAAGGCGAGUGGUAGGUGA